GGAAAAAAUGAAAAUUUAAUUUCAAACAACUAAGAUGUACACCCGUCUGAAACUUGACCUCAGCAUUUUUAAGACGGCUCUUACCAGCUGCUUAUCAAGUCACAACGAUUUUCCUUCUGUUAAAUUUAUUACCUAAGGAAAAUGUACGUUUGAAAAUAAUACAUGAAAUAAAUAAAAACAAUUAUACAAAUACAUCAUUUUAAAAUAUGACAACAGGUAAUGUACUGCAACAUAUCACAGUUGCGUUGGUUAACUGCCCAAACAUAUAGGCCAACGCCUUUAUUAUAUUGGCAUAUAUAAACUUCUGAAUAAUACUUCAAUAUUUUGCUUAUACAAAUACAACGUCUUGAAUAUUUUAACUCUUAAGUUAUAAGAGGUAAAAUAAUUGUAUGGUUGAUUCAUAUUUAAAAAAAAAACUUGAAGACUAGAUUUAAAAAAAAAAAAAAAAAAAGGAUUUCACUUUAGGCUAUUCCUAAAUGAAGGCUAAAUGACCAGUGGUUCAUUUUCUCUAUUUCUCCAUCAAGUCAAAAUAAACACGGGAAAAUGUUAUUGUCUUGCCGCAGGUCUUAAACCAAAACCUUUCCAAACUGAAUAAAACAAGGAGACUAUGCCCCUGAAAUUAAGUGACUCUUCUCCAGGAUGCUUCUUUUGCCCUUUUCUCUGUCACUCCCGGCAAAUAAUCAGCUUCAAAAGCUGACGUGAAGUAAGAAAAAGGAUUGACAGCGACUGACAAACAACUGAUUGAUUGCGGUGGAGCGGAAUUGACAGUUGACGGAGGGGUGGGGAUCGAAAUAGAAGGGCUGUGUAUAUUAUAUUGAAAACAUGUGACAUUCACAUCCCUCCAUCACUGCAUUGGUCUGCUCUUGUCAACGCUUGUCUGAUUGGGGAAUUCAAACACUACAAGUUGAUCUUCUGUUUAGGGUUUGAUGUUUCCACUCGCGUGUGGCAGCAUAUAAGAAGAAAAAACAAAAAAACAAACUUGGAAGCAAGAACCCAGAUCAAAUUUCACUCGAAACAAUAGGUUAGGUCGAUCCUAAAAUAUCCCCAUAUAUAGAAACGUAUAAUAAUAAUAAUAAUAAUAAAGCGGAAUCUUGAAAAUGUAAACGUUUCCAUUCUGAUUGUUCAUGGUUUUCUUCGUCCUUAGGAAAUUUGAGGCUUGAUAUAAAGGAGUAGCAAUGACACAAAGAAGAAAUAUAUUAGAAAGACCUUUUUCUCCAUAAGUUAGCAUACAUCUGAUAAAAGGUGAUAAAUCCAAGGCGAUCUGCUCAAGAAACUGAAUAACGACCGGUUUAAAUGUACUUUUUCACAGAGGCUGCGGCGUGCACGACAACCUACGUAUUGAGCAAAAUCUCCUCCCCCAAAUGUCAAAACAGAGGCGCUUGCAGGAGGAGGAACGUCACAUCCCCUUGACCCUCCAAUCACCUCGGGGUCCCAUUUGAUUGGAAGGCGGCAAGGGCUUUAAUCUCGGACUAAUUCAGCUGCUUUUGAAGUGAACAUUUCUACCAGUUCUUGGUUUGGGAGAACAAGCGCGCGGACCUACGGGAAGAGACAGAGCGCGCGCUAUGCCUGUGGUUUCAGACGCGGCUCCGGAUCUGCGAUAACCUCGCGCUCGGCUCCAGCCCUCAUAACUGAACGGAUUAUACUAUUUAUCUUUAUUUGUGCUAUUUAAAAGAAGAUUACUAAACAAUUAUUAUUUAUGAAUCUGAUAAAUGAAAUACCAACAAAAUACACGAGAAUUGGGUCAUGAUCACAUCGCCCUCUGCUUCAAGAAAUAGUGGUGAUACUGAUCUAGUGUGGGAACGCAGCAGCAGCUCUCGGAAUAACAACUCCGCGGUCGUCAGCAAGCCUUUUCUUCAUUCCGUCCCUCCGUCGGACCCUUUACGGCAAGCGAACCGACUUCCCAUAAAGAUUUUGAAAAUGCUUACUGCACGCGCAGGGCACAUUUUACACCCUGAAUACCUUCAGCCCCUACCAUCCACCCCGGUUAGUCCAAUUGAGCUCGAUGCCAAGAAAAGUCCACUGGCUCUUCUUGCGCAAACAUGCUCUCAGAUCGGUAAACCGGACCCUCCACCCUCCUCCAAACUCUCCUCGGUGACAUCAAACGGAUCUAACGAAAAAGAGUCCAAAUCUGGUCCUUUAAAGCUGAGUGACAUCGGCGUGGAAGACAAAUCCAGCUUCAAGCCCUACUCCAAACCCUCGGAUAAGAAGGACUCGUCAUCUGGGAUGUCGAACGGAGAGAAGUCUGGUUUCCGUGUGCCUAGCGCCACCUGCCAGCCGUUCACUCCCAGAACAGGCAGCCCGAAUUCCAGCACUUCUGCUUCCCCGAUGCCGUCAGAUGGGAAGGGAGAGAGGGAUGAAAAGAAAGAGUCUGAUUGUAAUAAAAAUUGCAACGCAGAUGGAUCUGCCCCUACCAGCGUCAGUCACAGCAGGAUAAGCGUGAGCUGUGCGGGAAUUAACGUGGAGGUCAACCAGCACCAGGAGACCACAUCUGGAUCAAAACCCACGACGUCGGAGUCAUCGUCUGUAACCUCUUCUUCCUCAGCCUCCGUCCUGGGGUCAGGACUUGUAGCCCCCGUUUCUCCAUACAAACCUGGCCAGACAGUUUUUCCUUUACCUCCAGCUGGCAUGACGUACCCUGGAAGUUUAGCUGGGGCCUACGCCGGCUAUCCCCAACACUUUCUGUCCCACGGUGGAAGUCUGGUUAACGCACAGCUCGCCAGCUCAUUAGGCUGCAGUAAAGCUGGAUCAAGCCCCUUAGCCGGGGCAUCUCCUCCAUCCAUAAUGUCCGCUAGCCUUUGUAGAGACCCAUACUGCUUGAGUUACCACUGUGCCAGCCACUUGGCCAGUGCAGCCGGGGCUUCCUGCACACACGACUCGGCAGCUCUGAAGUCCGGAUAUCCUCUCAUGUACCCGACACACCCUUUGCACGGUGUUCACUCCUCGCCGCCAUCUUUUGGUGGACACCCUUUGUAUCCCUACGGCUUCAUGCUGCCCAACGACCCUCUUCCACAUGUCUGUAACUGGGUGUCAGCUAAUGGACCUUGUGACAAGCGUUUCUCAUCCUCCGAAGAACUUCUUAACCACCUGCGGACGCACACAGCUUUCACCGGGACCGAGAAGUUGAUAUCGGGUUAUCCAAGUUCAUCGUCAUUAGCGAGUGCUGCCGCUGCAGCCAUGGCGUGCCAUAUGCACAUGCCACCCUCAGGAGCCCCUGGGAGCCCCGGGACACUGGCACUUAGGAGCCCGCAUCACGCGUUAGGACUAAGCAGCCGCUAUCACCCGUAUUCGAAGAGCCCGUUGCCUACUCCCGGCGCGCCGGUUCCGGUACCCGCAGCCACCGGUCCUUAUUAUUCUCCCUAUGCACUGUACGGUCAAAGACUCACCACAGCAUCAGCGCUUGGAUACCAGUAAAAAAUGGUCUUUCUUCAAAUUUUUAGAUUAUAAAGAUUCAAAUAUAAAGACUUUUAUAUCAUCGCGCCACUUGAAGGACUGGAUCCGUGGACUCAGUGUAUUUAUUUAUGUCAGCUUAAAGCGGGCAAUAAUACAAAUGAAAAUAUUUGAGCAACUCAAAAGUGCAUUACAUUUGAAAAAACUCUGUAGAUAACGAGAACACACAUGUUAGAAUACUAAUAAAAUAGGGGUCUUCAGUUGGAUGUUGAUUUGGAAUUGCUAUGAUUGUAUUGUUCCAUAUUAUUUAAUGUCUCAUUGAAAAGAAAAUAAUUUACAUGCAUGUUUGUUUCUUAAAUCGCAAAUUGUCCACAUGAUUUGAAAAUGCCGUUAUUUUUCAGGUGUACACCACGGAGAGAGAAUUGGUAUUUUUUGUAUGUAUUCUGAAAAAUAAGAAACAAUUCUGUUCCAU